AUGACCAACUCGAGCGUCGACCUCUCGGGCGGUGCAUCCGUGCUCUCUGCACACGCCGAAGCCCCCUCGUCGCAAGCCUCCAUGAUUCUAGCUUCUAAAAAACUCAUGAAGCAUGCUGCCGCCCCGCUUCUGAAACAGAUGGGAAUGAGCCGUGCUCGUACUGCCCCCGUUCAAUUCCUGGAUAGCGCAUGCGGAACGGGCGUGGUGACGCAGGAGGUGCAGGGUAUGCUGGCCAGAGAUGUACUUGACAAGAGCACCUUUAUAUGUGCGGAUAGCUCGCGGGUGUUGGUGGAUGUGGUUGCGGGCAGGAUCCAAGACGAGGCAUGGGUGAAUACCCAGGCCGAGGUGCUGGACGCCAGGGAUACGGGCUUGGAGGAGAGUUCGCUGAGCCAUGUUGCUGUUGCGCUGGGGCUGCACUUGAUCCCCGAGCCGGAUAAAGUGCUCAAGGGUAAGAGUCUAUUCCUCGACGCUUUUGACGUACGGUGGGAUAACUGA